CUGCGCGCCCCCGCCUGCGUGUAUGUGUGUGUGUCGGUGAACUGGUGGGAGAGGAGAGGACCAGUGUGUGUAACUGAGGCAGAGGAGACAAGUGCAAAAGAGGCUCGGCGCUGAACGGGACUCCACGUAAAUAAACACAGCAGACGGUAUCGCUCUGUCGCAGGGGAGGACUGAAGACACGGAGCAGGCUUCGCGUUUCGCACCGCCGAGGGAGGAGAUAAGAUUGAAGAAAACCACAGAAGAAAAAGAAGAAGAAGCAGACAAUUAUCCAGGGAGGAGGAGGACAGAGGGGAUUUGAGUUUCUCUGUUGUGAAUGCGCAGGUGUCCUCAGACAGUGUGACUGAGCAGAGAGGCGGAGCGUCGCUGUAUUUGGGGGCAGACCUUCGCGUCAUACACCGAUGAUGGAGAGGAGGAGGAUGGACGCAGCACUGCUGGUGCUGUUCCUGGUACACCUCGUCACUGCGCUGGAGGUCCCACUAGACCUGCCGCAGCCACCGACCAUAACUCACCAAUCCCCCAAGGAUUACAUCAUCGACCCACGGGAGAACAUUAUAAUCCACUGCGAGGCGAAGGGGAAGCCUCACCCCAGUUUCUCCUGGACCAGAAAUGGGACCCACUUUGACAUCGAUGAGGACCCCAACGUGACCAUGAAGCCUCAUUCUGGGACCCUUGUGGUGGACAUCAGCAGAGCGAAGGCGGAACAUUACGAGUGCGUGUACCAGUGCACAGCCAGGAACAAACAUGGAACUGCUGUUUCCAACAACAUCGUUGUAAAGCAGUCGAGGUCCCCCUUGUGGUCGAAGGAGAAAAUCAAGCCAAUCGUGGUUCAGGAGGGUGUGUCCCUGGUGCUGCCGUGUCGACCCCCUGCUGGCCUGCCCCCUCCCAUCAUAUUCUGGAUGGACAACAACUUCCAGAGGCUGCCUCAGAGCAGCAGGGUGUCCCAGUCCCUGAACGGAGACCUUUACUUCUCUAAUGUACUCCGAGAGGAUUCCAGGAACGACUACAUCUGCUACGCCCGCUUCCCAUACACACAAACCAUCCAGCAGAAACAACCCAUCACCGUCAAGGUCCUCAACCUGGAUGCAAUCAAUGACACAAUGGCAGCUUUUUACAAUGACACUGAUUUAUUUAGUGAAGACCCAGCGGAUGAAAGGAGGCCAACCUUCCUCAUCCCAUCUGGCCCCUCCAGCUCCAAGAUGGUGUUGAGAGGACAGGUGCUGGAGAUGGAGUGUAUUGCCGAAGGACUGCCCACUCCUGAAAUCUCCUGGACCAAAGUAAGCAGCGAUCUCCCAGCCAAGCGCACAUCUUUCCUGCACUACCAGAAGACGCUGCGCAUCGUGGACGUGUCUGAGUCAGACGAAGGAGAUUACCGCUGCACCGCCAGGAAUCGGCUUGGCUCGGUGCACCACACCAUCCACGUCACGGUCAAAGCUGCUCCGUAUUGGAUCAGCAGCCCCCCCAGGAACCUUGUCCUAGCUCCAGGAGAGAACGGUCUGCUGACCUGCAGGGCCAGUGGCACGCCCAAGCCCUCAGUCACCUGGGCUAUGAAUGGCAUCCCAAUAGAGAAUUCACCGAAGGAUCUCAGCAGGAAGGUGGAGGACGACACCAUCAUCUUCGAUAACGUGCAGACUGGAUCCAGUGCCGUCUACCAGUGUAAUGUCUCCAAUGACUACGGUUACCUCCUGGCCAACGCUUUUGUCAAUGUGCUCUCGGAGCCACCCAGAGUGCUGACACAAGCCCAGAAAGUCUACCAGGUCAUCAAAAAUCACCCGGCCCUGAUGGACUGUGCUUCCUUCGGGUCACCCAUUCCGAAAAUUACAUGGUUCAAAGACAGUCGGUCCAGCACCCUGGAUGGAGACUCUUACAUCCUGCAUGACAAUGGGACUUUAGAGAUUCACGUAGCUCAAGCCCACAAUAGUGGCAAAUACACCUGCGUGGCCAGAAACAUCCUCGGCAUCUACGAGAAUCACGUCUACCUUGAGGUCAAAGAGCCCACCCGAAUCCUGAAGCAGCCGGAGUACAAAGUGGUCCAGAGGGGCCGAUCUGUGGUGUUUGAGUGUAAGGUGAAACAUGACCCCUCACUCAUCCCCACCAUGACCUGGCUCAAAGACGACGGAGAGCUGCCUGAUGACGAGAGGUUAAUCGUAGACUCCGACAGCCUCACCAUCACAGAUGUGACAGAGAACGAUGCAGGGGUGUACACCUGCAUCAUGAACACCACUCUGGACCAUGAUUCAGCCAGCGCUGAGCUCACUGUUGUCGAGGCCACACCAACACCAGCUGUUGUCUACGAGCGACCUGACGCUCCAACUGACCUGGAGCUGACAGACCAGAAAAAGAGGAGUGUGCAGCUCACUUGGACCCCCGGGGAUGAACAUAACAGCCCUAUUGAGAAAUUUCUGAUCCAGUAUGAAGACUCACUGCACCACCGGGGGCACUGGCAUAAUCUCACCGAGGUCCCUGGAACCAAGACGACAGCUCACCUCAAACUGUCACCCUACAUCCACUACACCUUCAGAGUUUUGGCCCACAAUGCCAUGGGUCUCAGCCGCCCCAGCUUCCCCUCCAGAACGUACAAGACAGAACCUGCAGCUCCAGACGAGAACCCAACAGGUGUCACGGGAUUUGGAACAGAACAUGAUAAUCUUGUAAUCUCAUGGAAGCCGCUGACAGGCCUCCAGUCUAAUGGUCCAGGGCUUCACUAUAAAGUGAUGUGGCGGCAGAAGGCUGUGGACAGUGUUUGGACCUCUGUGACUGUGGCUAACAACUCCAAGUUUGUUGUGUCUGGAACGCCCACAUUUGUUCCAUAUGAGCUAAAAGUUCAGGCUAUGAACGACUAUGGAGCUGGACCUGAGCCUGCUAUUGCCCACGGCUACUCAGGAGAGGACUUGCCGGUAGCAGCUCCAGGAAAUGUGCAUGCUGUGGUGCUGAACAGCACUCUGGCUGAAGUACACUGGGAUUCUGUGCCCUCCAAAUUAAUACGAGGACAUCUCAAGGGAUUUAAGGUUUACUACUGGAGAGAGCGCAGCCUCCACAAACACAACCCCCAUCAUGUGGAGAAGCAGAUCCUGACCUUCAGUGGAAACCACACCCACGGCAUGCUGCCCGGCCUGCACCCCUUCAGUCUCUACUCAUUCAAUGUCAGGGUUUUUAACGGCAAGGGAGAGGGUCCCUCCAGCCCCACCCAGCAGUUUGAGACACCUGAAGGAGUGCCGAGUGCUCCGACUUCCCUCGUGGUCACCAACCUCAACCUGGACUCUCUAACCCUUGAAUGGAAUCCUCCUCAUGACCGUAAUGGACGCAUCACCGGCUACACCCUCAAAUAUCAGCCAGUCAAUAACUCCAAUGAGCUGGGCCCAGUGGAGGAGCUGGCCCUGCCCGCCAAUGAGACCUCAGUCACUUUGCUCAACCUCAAGUACAGCACACGCUACAAGUUUUAUUUGAAUGCGAAAACAGGCAGGGGAGCAGGCCCGGCCACUUCUCAGGAAGCUGUCACCAUCAUGGACGAAGCUCUAAUAUCACAGCUUGACAUAGAUGUGGACGCAGGAAACACGCAAACCCCUCAUCCCAUUGCACGGUCUCCUCCACGCCAUCCGCCCCACUUGGCCCGGCCUGUGAGUCCUUUUGGGAACAUUAGCUCCUCGGUUGGAGAGGAUGGGACCCUGAUCAGUUGGGAGUACUGGGGCCCGGAGAAAAACGUUUAUGUAGAAUACAUAGUGAACAGUGAAGGUGAAGAGGAGUGGCAGAAAGAGCUCGUGAACGGCUCUCAGAACGUUAUGCUGAAAGGCUUAAAGGGGGGCCUCUCCUAUAGGGUGCGUUUGGUGGCCAAAGGUCACCACGACCAGCCGCUCCACCGCUCUGACGAGCUGUUGGUCUCGAUCCCAGCUGUGGCGAGCAGACAGGUGGACAUCGCCACUCAGGGAUGGUUCAUUGGCCUCAUGUGUGCCAUCGCUCUGCUCAUCCUGAUCCUCCUCAUUAUCUGCUUCAUCCAGAGGAAUAAGGGAGGGAAGUACCCCGUCAAAGAGAAGGAGGACGCACACACAGACCCAGAGUUCCAGCCCAUGAAAGACGAUGACUGUACUUUUGGGGAAUACAGUGACAAUGAGGACCAUAAACCGUUAAAAGGGAGCCGCACGCCGUCUAAUGGGACGGUUAAGAGAGACGACAGUGACGACAGUUUAGUUGACUACGGGGAAGGAGGAGACGGACAGUUCAACGAGGAUGGCUCGUUUAUCGGCCAGUAUAGUGGAAAGAGUGCCAGCAGGGAGACUGCUGAGGGCCACGAGAGCUCGGAGGCCCCGUCCCCUAUUAAUGCCAUGAACUCCUUGAACUCAUUCGUGUAGCCAAUCAGGCGCUGCACUGACUGCUCAAUCCCCACGUCUCUCUUAGAGGGAUUCCCCAACACCGCAUGGCUUUACGAUCACACCUCCAUCCCCCAGUGCCACACAUGAAACACACACAACUCAUCAAAGACAUUUAUGUUUUGAAAUCUUUACGGAGAGGCUUGUGGAGGAGACCUGUGGCUCAUUAUACCUUACGCAGCAUUUAGGAAUGAAGUAGCUCAACCAGACAUUUGAUUUUAACAAUGCAUGAAACACAACCUGAUAUGACCUAAAUCCAUAUUUAAAUUAACACUUUGAUAUUAACAAGUGUUGCAUUCUUACCAGGAAUCUCUUAUGGACUAUGCAGUGCUCGUCUGAACUAUAUUUGUUUUUGUUAUUAUAUUAUCUACUAUGUUCAAAUAGUAAUCAGUGUCUACAGUAAAAUGACUAUACUCCAUGUAUUUUUUUCCCCAACACAGACGCUUGUACAGGAAUCUGUAUUUAAUAAUGUAACUCCUUCAUGUAAUUCCAUCAGUGCACAAGGCAGAUCAUGUACAGUGUAUAUACAUAAAGUGAAUUAUCUGUAAACUGAAUAUCGGUGGCAUGCUCGCGGCAUCGACACAUCCUCAUCCGUCACCACUCUGGAAAUGAUCCACCUAUUGAGGAAGGUGAAAUGCUGCAUGGCCUGUCGUAUGACCUCGUGACCUUUGCCCUGCAUGUAACCUCUUCUCGUUGAGCUCGAUCUGAAGGCCAGUGGGGAGACGCUGAGGAUGUGACAGCUUGCCUCGGUCCCCGCAGAGCUCCUUCAGCAGGUAGUGCCUUUUCUUCACAAACAAGAUUCAAUUCUGAAGUCUCUCUCCAGAGCUCAGUGACUGGAACAGAGACAGUAGUCGGGCUGCAGGAGUCACAUCCAAGGAUGGAUAAGAUAAGCUUGAGAAGAGGACUCUGUGGAGGGGGGAAUAAUUCAUAUACUCUUGUCAUCUUUUUUCUUUUUUUUUUCGCCUUGCGACACAGGACUGGCUUUGAUUCCUCCGAGAAGCUAAGCGCACCUACAUCGGAUCAGACUAAAACAUCAUUAAAACCAUGUCUGGUGCAUUUUCAAAGUCUGCAGUCAUUAUGUAUAGAACCUGAUUGUAUUUCUGCAGUGUAUGAAUGUAUGGAUAUCUGAGUGUGUAGGUGCGUGUGUGUGUGCGAAUUCAAUACAUUAUUCAAUUCCUAUUAGGCGAAAAUCAUUCACUUGUACUAACUACACUUGAGGGCCUUUGGAUGGGAUCAAGAUUUCUUUUCUCUUAACUUGCAUCAAGUUUUUUUUUUUCUUUUUGUUUUUUAAGACGUGUAGAAUAUUUGUUGAAUUUGUAAAUACCUUGAUUGAUUGUACAGGGACAAGCAGCUUAUAAGGCAGCCUAAGAGGCAAUGUUGUGCAUGAUAUGGUUUAACUUGUUGAUAGGACUGUAUUAAAUAUAGAGUACUUGUAGAGAAUAUAUAUAUAUAUUCUUUUUUUCCUUGCUGUGCACAGUGUACAUUGUAUUGUAACUAACUGGACAGAAAAUUGCAUAUAAAUUUGAAUUUUGAUUGUUUUCCGAUUUGCUUGUCGGCGAAUUCUAUGACUUUGGUAUUGUACAUCAUGUAGGAUAUAGCGACAAUAUUAAUUGAUGCACAGAAUUAUAUUACUCUGAUUUGUUUUGGUUCCAUGCAGUCCCAAUAUACUGCCAAAAUGAUGCUCUUUUCUGACAGUAUUGCAAAUGGUUUUUGUAUUUAAAGAAACAGAUUUGUACUAACAGAAUACUUUCUUUGUCUCUAUUUAAGUUUCUCCUUUUAGUGCAAGUAUGAAAUUCAAACUACUGGAAAUAUAAUGAAUGAAUAAAUCAUUAUCUG